AUGAAUAUUAGCGAUAUAGAAUUCUUGAAUUAUGUGACUAAUAUAAAAAAUAUGGAUAUCCUACAACUGUUCUCAAAGGAAUGGAUGACAUAUCAUGAACAUAUAGUUUAUAUUAAUAUAUAUCUACAUAACCAUAAAGAUAUUAUAGAUAUUACACAAGAUGAAAGAAUGAAUGUUAUUUUGAAAAGGUUUGAAAUUAUCCUGAGAGAUUUAAUAAAAAUUUAUUUCAUUCGCUUUCUAUAUUUUGAAAAGAAAGAAGAAAAUAUUUCUAUAAUUAAUAAAAAUGAGAAAAUACAAUCUGAAAAUAUAAUGGAUGAAGAUACAUUGAAUCAUAUUCGUAUAUCUAGUUAUAUAUUGAUGUAUCAUGAAUUGUCCCUUUUGAAUAUAAUCGAAUUUAUCUUAUAUUCUGAUUACGUUUAUGAUCAUAUAGAGACUUACAUGAUAAACAUCAUAUCAUACGUAUAUUCGAAUUUAAUAUCAUUCCUAGGAACGAAAUCAGAGCAAUAUUUUGUGAAACCCAUAAGCGAAAUGUUCAUAAAUGAGAUGGUAUUAGAAGAAGAAGAUAAUACAUAUAAUGUUGACAAGCUAAAAAUAUAUCUCAAUAUAAUAAAUAUACUUCGCAAUAUUACUGAUAGAAUUCACCUUUUGAAUAAUACUGUUGUAAAUAAAAUAGUAGAUUACGACAUGUUAUUAAUUUUAAUCCCACUUAUUGAAAAAAAACCAUGGAGACAUCAAAAUUAUGUGUUCGAAAAAAAUGAAUGGAUAAGAACAGAUGAUCAUACAUUAUGUAGUGUUGAAAAACAACUAUGGCUAAUAUUAUAUACUCUCAUAUUAAGCGAUUCAUGCCAACAAAAGUAUGAAAUGACUAAUUAUAGAAGGAACAAUAUUCUUAAGUUGAGGAAAUAUAUGAAUGAACAUAUGUAUGAACAACUUCCCCCCAUUAAAUCUCUUCAUACAUUUAUAGAACAUUUAUAUAUAUCCACAAGCAUUUUUCCUGAUAAAAAGAAUUCCUACCUUAUGAUCGACGUGGUCCCAGAAAUCUUUGAUGAAAUAAAAAAUGACGUAUUGAAAAACAAAAAAGAUAUAAUGUCAUUAUUCAAUAAUAUAAGAAUUAAAAAAGAACUUUUAAAAAACAUUUCGGAGGUUUAUCUAUCCAUAUAUGAAUUCGAUCAAGAAAAUAAAAGAAAUAAAAAUAAAUCUAGUGAAAAGGAAGAACAUCAAAAAAUUAUUAAUCAAGAAAAAGAAAAAAUAAAUGAGACAGAAAAAAAACAAAAUGAUGUAGAAUGCUACCUGUGUAAUAAUUGUAAAGGAUUGGCUGAAUUACAAUGCUCACAGUGUAAAAAAACCUAUUACUGCUCAAAGGAAUGUCAGAUGAAAGACUGGAUUAAUCACAGAGAUGUUUGUUCAAACAACUUAUGA